UGGAUUUCUUACUUCGAGUAUUAUAACUAAACAGCAGGGCUGAUUCCACCUUUAGUUAUGCAUCAUGCGGAAAGAAGUUUCCGCGUUCUUUCGGGAAGUUGAUGUUAGGCCAGCGCGGAAGAGACGUUUUACUAGUCUACAUUUCUCUGAAGACAAAGGCGCCUCCAGUCGCACGUCGUUUUAUCAGAUAGAGUUUAUUUUACAUAAGCCCACAGAGGCUUCCGGACUCAUUUAUCUUUAUGCCAUCGUUGCUUAAACGCAUCCGCAGGUUGCAUCGAUUAUUGCGCGCGCUCUCCUCCCUGCUUAUAUACUGUGAAAAUGUCUAAUGAGAGAAGAAAGACUAUACUUCAGUUGAUGAGUCAGCUGUUGUUGGCAGUGGGGUUAGUGGUGGGCCUGAGUGGAGUCUACCUACUGAUGAAGUAUGAACAGAGCAGUCUGUUUUUUUCUGAGUCCUACAUGACCCUGCCAGUUUUGGUCACAGUCACUAGCGCUGCAUUACUAUUGGUCACCGGAUGCCUCGGCUCCUGGGUGAGCCUCAAGGAUUCAGUCUGCCUACAGGGACUGUUUGUUUACCUCCUAGUUGUGGUCUUUUGUGUGGAAAGUACAGCUUCAGCACUGGCUUAUUUCCAUUCAGUGAACCUCGAUACAGAGGUAGCUCCCCUCAGUGGAGUGUUUCAGAAUUACACCGGCAGCAGCCAGGAUCCCAACUCUCGAUCUGUGGAUGCUAUGCAAGAGAAGUUCAAGUGUUGUGGUGUCAAAGGCUACACGGACUGGCUGGAAACCGCCUGGUUUAACAAAACUGGAGGACUCUGGGUUCCUCACAGCUGCUGCAAUGUUACUUUCUCUUCCUGCAAUGGCACCGUGCACCAGCCAUGGCAGCUUUAUAAACAGGGCUGCCAAGUGGAACUGGAGAGGGCCAUACAGUUUGCACUGAAAAUGAUCAUCUGGGGCUUUCCAUUGGUUUUUGUGGUGGAGAUUGCUUUGUUUCUGCUGGUGGCACAGCUGAUGAGAACACAUACACCUAUGAGUUACCAAGUACUGGAAAAACGCUAAAGAUUCCUCAAUGGAUGGAAGAUCCCUAAUACUUUGUACAGAUAUUGUGAAAAUCUCAACACUGUUAAAUCAUUUGCAGUACACUACAAAACAUGUAAAAGUGCAGAAAGACAUUUUGAGUAAUAGGAUUAUAUUUUAUUACUGGAUUAUCUGUCACCAAAAAACUGACAGUUUAUUGUAAUAAAACAACUGCAGUGCCAGUCAGUGUGGACUGUUAACCUGAAAAAUGUAGGCUAUGGGGGCAAAGGUAUUAAUGAAGUAUCACACUUCUAUUUGAUGAAUAUGAGUUAUUGUCACAGGCAUUUUUGUGGACUUCACAGGGCCGGCACACUUCAAUUAUAGGGGUCUCAAAAAGAAUUGGACAUUGUGUUUGGGUGUGAGAGAUUGAUUUUUGCUGUGCUUGUAUCUUAAUUAUUAGUGUAUUACUGUAUAUGAAGAAUUUCUUUAUGGUCUGUUUGUCGGGCUAUUAGUGCUGCACACAGAACUACUUUUCUAAAGAGAAAAUAAAUGAAUUGAAACAAAUUGGAUAAUUUAUACUGUAUCAUCAACUUAUACUUCUUUGGAUUGCUAUCCAUAUGGGUAUAUUGGAUCCUAAUGGUCACAAAAAUAUGACAUAGACUUGCCACAUAUAAUAGUAUUUGUCAACAAGUGAAACUAAAAAAUAAUUGUUCCUUCUGCUUGAGACCCAGAGGAGUUUUGACCCUUUGCCAAAAAUGGGGCCGGUCCAUUUGAUGAAGGUAAAAAAUAUACAUAAUGAUAUUGUAGGAAAGCUAUACUAGAAAAUAUUUUCUGAUACAUGCUUUUGCUGUUAAUGUAUUUUGAUACUGAACUAUGUCAUAUCCAUGUAUAUAAUGUCAUAUUCUUCUGAGAUGACAAGUUUUUUAAAUGCAAGUGUUAUGCACAUAAAGACUGUGUGUUAUUUACAAGAAAAUAAGGUCAAAUGUAUAACUGUACACACUUUCUGUGUAAGUACCAAAGGUAUAACAUCCAAAAAGACAACAACUCUGCCCAGAUAGUGGAUGGGACCCAGUCAAAAUUAUUAUCAUAGGGACCCCUCCUCUACAUGAUAAUGUAUAAUUAUAUUACCAGUGGUAUUGUAAAAUGGACACAUUAUAAGAGUUCCACUAUAUGUUUAAGUCAUGAUUCUGUCUUGUGAACCUGAGCCAAACUAUUUUUAAACAGUAUAAAAUGGCCUUAUGGAUUGAAUUUUUGCUCUGUAAAUAUUUACUCCUCAUUUUACACUUCACUGAGUAAAAAUA